UGCAGAAAGCGGGCAGACGGUUGCCAUGCAACAAAACUAAACGCAAGUAGCGCUAGCUUGUGGGCUAACCGUCGCGCUAAACUCACGGCUGCUUCGUCCAAGGGGGGCUUCCGCCGUCAACGAGCCUCCGUCGGAGUCUCCUCGUCGAACAAUGAGCGCCGGGCGGCCGUCAGAAGGCGCAGGCUGCGUCAACUGGUGGGGCUUCAGUCCAGCUCGAGACCUCAUUUGCGCAGGCCCUGUUCACCACAAAGGGGAAGUCAACAUUUUGCUCGUGGGCAGCGGCGAUCCGAGACAUCUUCUGAAGACUUUGGCUAAUCUGAGGGAUGAGGACGUCCUUAACGUGUGGCUGUUUGAAAACAGCAUGGAGGUGGUCGCCAGGCAAAUGCUGCUGCUCUACAUCGCUCUGACGCCGCAGCAAGCGAUGGGACUUCACGCGAAGACCGAGACCUUCCUGGAGGUGUUCGGGAACAGCUUGCUCCGCAGUCAGACGGACGAGACGGUUAAACGUGUGGCGUCGCAGCUCCUGCUCCACGUCAGUGACGUCCCGGAUUCGGACGGCAACCCCUGCCUCAACGCGUCCCUCUUCAAGUUUAAGGAGCGGGAUGAGCUGGCCCGGAUUUUCAAAUCGUGGACGCAGCCCUGCUCUUCUCCCGCUGGUCCCGUCUCCAUCGCCAAGGCCUGGGACUACCGGGUCAGGCAGCACCUCGGGACCCGCUACGACUCCAAGAAGGGCUGCUUCGACUGGGACCUCACGAUGAAGCUGCACGAGAAGGGGUGCAGCGUCAUCAACAAGCAAGAGUAUGUCCGGUGGCGGGAGAGCGGCCUGGCCUUCGAGCUGAGGGAAGGUUUCUACGAAAUGACCAAUCCGAGCUUGCUGUCCUCUCGGGUCUUCAGCCAGAGGGGGGACCGAGUGGCCCUGAGGGGCUACUGGGGCGACAUCGUGUCGAGUCCUUACCUGGCAUUCGGCGUCGAGACCGAAAACGAGAGCUUGCUGAAGACGCAGAACGGCCAGCACGUGAAGACAGCACAGGACAUCUCCUUUGCCAACGUGGAAGAAUUUUUUCAGUCCCUGUCCAGGAGACGGGAACUCCCUUCGACCCCUCAGUUCGACGCAGAGGAGGAAAAUCCGCCCGCAAAUAUUGAACAUAAUUGCGUCCCCGUCAGCGACCUGAUGCGACUUAACGGGGUGUCUGUCAACUUCCUGCCUCUGGAUUCCCUUCAGAAGCUCCCGGAAAAACAAAAAUAUGCCAAUUUCUUCGAUAUUAUCUAUUUUUCAGCCAGCUGCGCGCACCAUUUGGGCCCCAAAAUCCGGCAGAUUGCAGCACCAGACGCUGUGCUCGUCGUCGAGUUGGCCAAGUUCAUUCUGGACCUCAACAAAGAGCAAGAAGCCGGUUUUGCAGAGCGUGUGACCGGCUUGUGCGCGGAAGCCGGUUUCCAACCGUGUCUCGGAACAAAGAGCGACGGCGUUCACGCUUUGUUUGAGCCACACGAGGACAAGUGACGUCGGCGGCAUGUUUUUCCUCGACUAUUUCACAGCACAGUUUGCCAGGAGCGUGGGUUCCCCCUCGGUGACGCCGUGAAUGUAACUCUCAAUGUUCCCUAUGACAAAUUAAACAGCAAAAUUUCAUCCAA